CAAUCCAAUCCAGACAAAAGGACGACAGGUCUGCGGCGGCGCGCACCGAGAGCAUCUGGGCACCUUUUGGAGACGGAUCCGACGCACCGGCGCGCACACACACGCACGCACCCCCCCACUCCUGAAAUCUACCUGAAAACUCCACACCGGUCAAUUGUCCUUGAAGAAGGGCGAGACAACAAAAAGGAAGCGCGAGCCCUGAUUUUUCUUCCUAACCAGAAGAGUGCGUUUUACAUGAUGUCAUACCUGUGGAUUCUGCUGUUAGGAAGCCUUCUGGCCUCACAUGGCAAGGCGCAAGAUGAUGAGACUACUCCAGAUCCAGAGGACGCCAUGUCGGAUGGAGAGGUCGACGUAACUCCUGAUGCAGGCCCAGAUGACACCAACCCAAAUACUGACCCAACACCAGCAGAUACUGAUCCUGAGCCAGACGCUGACCCUACUGCAGAAGAUGCUGUGACUCUGGCACCUUUGGAUUCAGAAGAGGCAACUCCCUCAGAAGACGCAGAACCAACCGUCGAAGCAGAAGAUGGGGACGGCGCAAACGAAGCAACAGAAGCCACAGUAGAAGAACCAGAAGCAACAACUCCUGAAGCAGAAGUACCUGCAGAUGCAGAAACAACUCCUGCACCAGAGCCAACGGUGCCUAAAGAAGUAGACACAGAAACAGAGGCUCCCACUCCUGGUGAUGUGCUAAUUGAAACCACUGUGGCAGAGGCAGUUCUUACAACCCAAGGUGCUGGUUCAGGGCUUGGUGUAGAGACUGAGCAGARGACACAACGUGUAGAAGAGCACGUUCCUGUAGUCACUGAUGCACCAGCAAUUCAAGAAGAGACUGGAGGAGACGAGAAAACCCCACCUGCACUAAUAGAGGAGAAAACAACCCUUGUUCCAUUGAAUCAAGAGCCAGAAAUUGAUGUAAAAUUCAAUCAAGGAGUUAAAUCAGAAUAUAAUGAGUUAGACUUGUCAGAUGCUUUGGGUGAUGGGACUGCAGAUAAUGGCCAAACAAAAACACGGAGAACUGGCAACUUCAACGCAGAACCUGUUAAGGAGGAAGAAAAAACGGCAACCCAAGAAGGAAACUCUAAACCCUUAGCAGCAGUCCUGUCUGCAAUUGUUGUGUCUGCCGUUGGAGCCGUGACAGGAUACUUUGCCUAUCAGAAGAAGAAGCUGUGCUUCAAAAACAGUGGGGGAGCAGAUCCGGAGACUGGGAACAACACAGUCAAAGCAGAUGCAGCCGAGGCUCAGUCCGAUCCACAGGUCCUCAGCAACCUACUGCCCGCCACCCAGCAAUGAUCAUCUGACUGCACCUGCUUCAGUCAAGCAAAGUGGCAGUCUCACUGUUAGACUCUGUCCCAAAGAGCUAAAUUAAUGUGAGGCCCGACAGUACGACUGCGUGUUUCUGUCUGUGUGUGUAUGUGUGUGCUGAGUACGAGUGUGGAUCUUAGUGUGGGUGAAUGUACACAAGUGUGUUCAAUCUUUAACAUACACACGUAUGUGGGGAAAAGAAGCAGUUAGAUAAAGAUCGAGCAAAUAUGUUUGAACUCAAAGGGCCUUCUAGUUCUUCCAUCAUAGGAAUCCGAUAAAAAGAUGAAUUAAUGCCCAACUUUUUUUCUUUCCAAAGUUACAAUCAGAGAUCAAAUCUCAUAAGCGUAACCAUAAAAUAGCUUAUAUAUAUUUUUUUGUUCAAUUUAAUUGUACAACUAAAAUGAUCAAUUUGUGUUGGAUUAUCACAUGUGGAUUAUUUGAUUAUUGCUAUUUUAUUCCAUUCUAACAUUUAAAACAGAUAUUUUGAAAUUCUACUAUAUAAAGUAGUUUUUCAAGCUAAAAAAAAAACUUUUUCUAAUAAAUUAUCUCUUGUAAAAGUGUAGAAUAAAAGGAUAAGUGGCAUGAAUUACGUAUUAUCACUGUAAUUUGUGGAUUUUGACUGGGAACAGUAGAAGAAGAUGAUAAUCCUAAUUCUGUUGAUGCUCUGAAAUGGCACUGUGUCUGUUUGGAGGAUGACAUCAUGUUUUGUUUUGUUUUGUUUUGUUUUGUUUGUUUUUUGUUAUGGUAUGGGGACUUUGGAUCCUUUUGGGUGUCUACCACUACUUCUUAGCCAAAUAAAUAAAAAAAUCUAUUGACCUUUUUAAAAUGCAAGUAAGAUAAACUUUAUUUGACUCUGAGAACUUGCAAAUUAAUUAUUAUUAAUUAACUAAUUUUUAUUAUUAGUUUAUUCUGUCACUGUAAAUGAACAGCUUGUCACCUAACAUGGACGAAUUUACACAAAGUCAUGUAGAAAAUGUGUUCUGCGUUGUUCUAAUGUAAUAUGUGUCUAGUUGUGAUGCAGUAAUUUCUUUGCGAUAGUGCCUUUCACUGUCACAGCCUGGUUUGGUCAACGUAAAGACACACAGGGAACGUAUCCGGGACCCAAAUGUGAAAACACGCAAACAUGGUGAAUGUAAUAAUUCUGAAUGGAAAACAGGCAAUGAAUGUUGUUUAAAAUUGUAAAAGACUCACACAUAUGCUGUUAGACUUGCUCUCUUAUUUUCAGUUUUCAUGUUAUUCCAAACUGAGCUGUAAAAACCUCCCUUCGUCGUGUGUCUUUUACUUGAACAAGCCAGUAGCUGUCAGUAUUUUUUGUAUCAUUCGUACACAAACACCACUCACUUGUGAUUUUUCUAUAGAAACUCUUUACCAUUUUAGCAGUGGUGCCUAUUAGCUGACACUGAUGGUCUUGAGUCGACUCGUUUUGCUGUGUUAAUUCUGUGAACGUUGUUGUGAAAUUUUUCAAACGAAGCUUUGUUACUGCCCUUUUUUUUCCCGUUCUCUCUUUUCUAUCACUGUAGCGCAAAUUAACUUCUGAAUGUCUUUCUUUUGCCUUGAAAUUUUGUACUUUACGAAUGUUUUUGAAGUUUAAAAUGUGGUAGUGCAAGUUUUUGAGGUGCGUUAGCUGUGAGACUUUAUUAGCUGCAAUACAGGACAGAGACUGUUGCUAACAGCCUAGCUUCGAGCUGACAAUAGUCUGUGAUGUCACAUUUUUUUCUUGAUKGAAUCUGUGAGCUUCUCUGCCAGCUGCCAUCUUUUCUUCUAACCUGUGAUAGACGACAGACAAGUUUCUCUUGAAAUGCUGAAACAAGUUGGAUAAUAUGUCUGCAUACAGCACAAAUACACAAAAAACACCCAUCAAAUAACAGUACAAGCUUUGUGAAAUAGCCGCUGAUGCCUUCAAAGUAGACUUUUUUUUGUUUAGAUGCAGCACACUCCACAGAGUGGAAAAGAUUUAAUCAAAAAAGUAAUAUUCUGUAGUGCACAGUCAGAAAAAUUGCCAGAACUCAAUUUAUGUUAGGAAAAAAGCAACAAUUCUACCACUUUUUUAAAAAAAGAAACAAGCACUGUUUUUUUUAUAUAUAUUAACCAUUCUACACUUCUUCCUGAACCGUCCCUGUAAAACACGGAAUAUUGGAGCACAGCAAGCAAAACCGGAAUGUAAACCUGGUCCUGAAGUGCACUUUCCAAAAUCCUUCCAAAAGGGCAUCAACCACGACCAGUGCUGCCUUAUUAUUUAUAAUCUUUUGAAUAUUCCUGGGAGGAAAACCAAGAACGGUGUCAUAAUUAAAAAGAAACGGUGAGGCGAACAGAGGUGUUUUGUAAGAGCAUUUUCAAUUGGAGAAGGACUUUCCUAUCCUGUAUACAUGUUGAUUUAUGAAAACACAUUUAGAGCAAUGUAAGACUAAUUUAAAAUACCAUGUUUAUAUGAUGUGUAGGAACUGUCUUCUUCAUUACUGUCAUCUGGCACUUGUGCUUUUUCUGGAGUCGUGUAAAUAAUGUUCGACAAGUCAAAUAAACUGUUUUUUGUGGGA